GAGUGGUGGGGGAAACCUCGGGAGACAUGGCAGGACGCCGGUGGGUGCAGCAGUUACCAUGACGACGCCCUGGCGGUCGGGUUGCUGCUCAGGAGAUGAGAGGGAAAGUGCGGCAAGGUUUAGAGAGCCGGCGGCUUUAGAGGGUGAAACGGCCUGGGGUUAUGACAGGCGAAGCGCAGCACCCCCGGCAGGCUCUUAGCUGGAAAGAAAAACCCGACGAAACUUGCUUCGUUGGGAAGCGAAGGCUGAAAAGUUACUGGCUCGAUUGAAGUCGGCGUAGCGUUCCCUGGCCAGAAAAGAGAAUGGGAUUUGUUUAGCUACUUAAUUCACUUGUCUGAAUAUAAUUUUUCGUUCGGAGUCCACAAUUCUGCGUUUUAUUUUAAGAAACAUCCACAAUGAGUGACAAAAAAGAAACCAGUGAAUCUACAGACACGGGAGAUACCACAGAAGGUGGUGACUAUGAAGAUGAUUUUGAGAAAGAUCUUGAGUGGCUAAUUAAUGAAGAAGAAAAAGAAAUUUCUGAUGAUAUACAGAAUCAUGAUGACAAUGAAGAGGAUUUCGAAACAAACACUGACAAAGACUUUGAAGAUAGAAAAAAUCCUUCACAAGAUUCUCUUGAGCCUGAAGAAAUACUGAAGGAUGAGGAACGAAAUUCUUCACAAGAACCUCCUGAGCCUGAGGAAGCUCUAAAUGAUGCAUCACAAAAUGAAAUACAUUCUAUAUUUGAACUUGAUCCUAAGGCAUUAGAACCAGCAUCUGAUACAGAUAGCGAAAGCUCUGGUCAGGAAUCAAGGCUAGAAGACAAGGAGGAAGAUGAUGAAGAAGAUAUAAAGCGUUAUAUCUUAGAAAAAAUUGAAGAAGCUAACAAACUUCUGUUGGGUCAGGACCCUUUAGAUGAAACAAAAGAAAGAAAACUAAAAUUCAACGAAAGUAUAGUAGAACUAGAAGUACCAUCUCUGACAAAUACAGAAGGGGAUAAAAAUGAUCCUAACAGGGAACAAAACAUUGCAGGUAGACUGUCUCAGUUGCGCAUUUCUAAUGAAACAGGACAGGAAGAUAUAGCUCUGUCCAUUAAUGGUGGUAUGGAUGAUGAACACAAAGAUGGCAAGAUCCUAGUAGAAAGAGAUGGGAAAUUUGAACUCUUGAGUAUCCGCGACAUUGAAAGUCAAGGCUUAUUUCCUCCUCUGAGUAUUUCUUUCAGUGACAUUGAAACUCAACAUGUUUCUUCUAAAAGUUCGUAUGCUAGUGCUUUUGGUCCAAAAGACGAGUCCUUCUUGCAAACACCUAUAACAACUUGUUCUCCUUCCAAAGAACGAUAUUUUUUUUUCCCUCAACCACCACCUAUUCGACCAAGCUCUGCCAUCAAUAUUACGAGGAAUAUAGAACGGGGAAGAAGCCCUCGCAGAGUCCAGUCAGCAAAUAUGAGACUUGGUGUAAGAAGUUCUACAUUCUGCUUAUCACCCAGGCAAAAAGAGCUGCAAAAACAAAUAGAGCAAAGAAGAGAGAAAAUAAGAAGAGAGGAAGAAAACCAAAAAAAGAUGCUAGAAGAUGAAAAAAAGAAAGAAAAUGACCGAGUCUUCCAGGCUUGGCUACAAAAGAAAAAAAGCCAAAUGCUGCAGGAGAAAAGAGUUCAGCGUGCAAAGGAAAUGGAGAACUUAAACAGCAGGGAGAAUAGAAAUCCAGAUGAAGCUUUCAAAUUAUGGCUUAAAAGAAAGCAGCAGGACCAGAUGAAAGAAAAACAGAUGCAAACGCUGAAGGAGCAAGAAGAGGGCAUGUUCUUCCUUCCAAGAACAACUGAAAAUGACAAAGCUUAUAAACAAUGGCUAAGGAGGAAGAGACGUGAGAGGCGAGAAGAGCAACUAGUUGCUAGAGAACGAUCCAAACAGUUUAGGCAAGAAGCCAGAAGAGCAAAACAAAUAGAAAAUAUUCUGCAUUCAAUUUCUGAACCAAAGUCCCUUCGCUUUCCAGAUCAGUACUGCUGAGAUUUAGAAGCCCUGGAUCCCUAGUAUUCCAGAAUAUCUUGCAUCGCUUGAGAUUGCCUGUUGGAAGUGGUUUCUCUUCUGGAAUGUUUUGAAGUCCUUCAAUAAUGGCUUAAUUUUCUCUAUCUUAGUAAUUUUCCCCAUCUUAAACUUGGAAUAACUAUCUAUUUGUGAAUAGAUCGGGAUUGCCUUCUCAGUUCUAUAAAACUUACAUAAAAUAAAUACUCCUCCUGUAAAUAUGGUGUAUUUUUUUUAAGAAUUAGUUUAUCUCCCAACUUACCAUUUUCAUACCUGGAAUUUGGUUAGAGAUGUUAUACCACCAAUCACAGCUGUAUCAAACAAAAAAAUGGCUGCAUAAUACUAUGCCAUAGCAUUAUCUGGAAGUCCCAUUGUAAAUAAUCCAGGGUAUUUGGUGUGUUAUUGAGAAAUUGCAAAUUAAACCACCAACCCCAUCCCCACUGUCAAGAAAUAGAGAUUUACAAAGGAAGUGUUUUUUAAAAGUGAUGACAGUAUAUUUUUGCCUAUUUACAAAUUGGAGAAAAGAGAUACAAGAAGAGUAGUUCAACCACAUUUAAUAGCACCAUUAAAACCUUUUUACUUAAUCUCUCAGGGAUAGUCAUUCCCAAUUUAGUAAAAAAAAACCAACCCUUCUGUAGAAAAGGUGAACUCAGAGGCACAUCUCCAGUAGUUUGCGCAUAAAUGCUGUUGCUACUAUUUGACAUAAAUGUUGUGCAUUAGAUUUAAUCUCACCAAAUCAGCUCCAUCACUUAAGAUAUUUAAAGUACAGUUUAUAGCUAAAGAAGCAUUUUCUGUUUUCAUUAAAAUAUGCAUUUUAACUUUCCCAUGUAACAGUUCUCUAAUACUGGAAAUCAACUGUAGAAAAUACUUAAACACCCACCCUAAUUCUAAAAUAAAAUAGUUCACGUAUAGAAAUAUCUUUUUAAGGAAGAAUAAAAUUGAGGUUCAUGGGAUAUUUCUAAUAUUCUCAAGUGUUCUCUUAAAGAAGAAACAUUGAUACGCAAAUUCUAUAAUUCUUUUUACAGUAUGGAGUAUUUCUCUAAUACAUUCUUGGUUGGCAUUGAAUAACUGACAUUGCGUUACAAAUUUAAUCUGCCACAAAGAAGAAUUUGACAGCAGAACAUUAAAAUCCUGAAAGCUUUAUGAAAGACAUAAUCCCAGCACAAAAUCCAAUCCUCCUUAGAUAAAAGUACAGAAAAUAAAAGUGCACAAAGAUUGUAUGCUUCA